AUGGCAUCGGACUCAGCAUGUAUCGAACGCAUCAAGGCAAAUGCAGUACGUGAUAAGAUCAAUCUGUCUGUUCUGCCUUUCCUGGAAGAUGCCUUGGUCGACAUAUCUGCUCUGGCCACCAACAGCAAAUCCCAAUUACCCACGUUCACUAAAGCAACACGGAUUGACACGCAUACACAUCCUGUGCCUUCGUGGUUCCGGUCACUCCAGCCUCUCUCUGCCGGUCGCGAAACGCCGUCUUGGGAUCCGGUGUCGCAUUUGCAAUUCAUGGAUCAGCACAGUAUUGCGCGUUCCAUUAUUUGCGUUUCGACUCCGCAAGCAAACGCUUUCCCUGACGACAAAGCGAAAACAGUUGCCCUGGCCAGGCUGCUGAAUGAGUUCUCCGCUGAGCUGGUGAGGUUGUAUCCGGACCGUUUUAGUUGGAUGGCCGUUACGCCGUUGCCGUAUGUACAAGACGCUGUCUCGGAAGUCCGGUAUGCGCUCGAGGAGUUGGGCGCAGUGGGUGUGGGCGUCUUGACGAACCAUGGAGGGGUUUAUCCCGGGGAAGAGAGCUUUGAUCCGCUUUGGGAGUAUCUGCAGAAGCGUGCUGGCGAAGGAGAUGGCCGGGAGAUUGUCUUCAUUCAUCCUCACGAUCCCGUAAUAAGGUUGGAAGAUGGAAGGCUUGUCAAAUCUAAACCUUCACCUCUUCGCUCUGGUUUGGGUGAGUUUUACUUCGAAACCGCACGAGCAAUUUCCAGUAUUACGGCGAACCGCACGAUCAUCAAGUUUCCAAAUCUUCAUUGGAGAGUGUCACACGGAGCAGGCGCAUUCCCAGAUAUCUCUGAUCGCUUUCUUCUUGGCUUCCCAAAGGACGCGGAAGAGGCGCGCAAGAUCUAUGCUACGCGCUUCUGGUAUGAUAGUGCUGGCCCGGUGUACCCAAGGCAGAUCAAAGGAUUGCUUGCGCAUGAUGUACCUAUUUCACAGAUGGUUUUUGGCACGGACUAUCCGUACGGUAUCGGGUUCUGGGAUGUCAACGCAAACAUCAACGGUCUCGCUAAGGCGGAGUUUCUUUUGGCGAAAGAAAGAAAUGAUGUAUUUUCCGAGAACACGAAAAGCUUGUGGAAGGGGAAAAUCAGUUUCACAUGA